CUUCGCCGCAAAAUGGAAGUGGUGAAAGUACAUACGCGCGCGCUGUUUGCGAUGAAUGCACGUUUUUACGCUUGUAUAUUUUCGCCCUUCAGAAGAAGAAGCUCGACGUCAACUAUUUUCGCGCUUGCGUCAGGUUCGGUUAGGUGUGCCAUAGCUGCAAUCAGGGUCUCCGGUCCGCAUACUGCAACUGUGCUUCGUCGCAUCGCCAAACUGGAGCAGCCGACACCACGAAAAGCUAUUCUGCGCAAACUCGUGCACCCUUGCUCGGGAAUCCAUCUCGACACUGCUAUUGUGUUGUGGUUUCCAUCACCUGGCAGUUACACUGGUGAAGACUGUUGUGAGCUGCAUGUCCAUGGAGGCAUAGGAGUUGUAAGUGCAGUAAUGGCUGCAUUGUCACGUGUCGAUGGCGUGCGGCAAGCAGAGCCAGGAGAGUUCACCAAGAGGGCAUUCAUGAAUGGCAAAAUGGACCUAGCAGAAGUUGAAGGCUUGUCCGAUUUGCUAAAGGCUGAGACAGAAGCUCAGAGGGUGCAGGCAUUGGCGCAGAUGGAAGGAAGCCUCAGCACGCUCUACAGGAAAUGGACGAAUGACCUCAAGAUGUGCCUUGCAAAUGUCGAAGCCUUUAUCGACUUCAGCGAGGACCAGGGAAUUGAAGAAGCCAUACUGGAUUCUGCUGCAGUACAGGCUGAGAGACUCGCUACAGAGAUCCAGAUUUACCUGGUGGAUGGCCGGCGUGGUGAGAGGCUACGAGACGGUGUGAAGGUUGCGAUUGUUGGCCGGACCAACGUUGGAAAGAGCAGCUUGUUCAAUGCGUUAUGCCAGAGAGAUGCAGCCAUAGUAUCGCCCAUUGCUGGAACAACCAGAGAUGUCGUUGAGAGCACGUUGGACAUUGGUGGCUACCCUGCUGUAUUCUCCGACACCGCAGGCCUUCGGCACAGCGACGACCCGAUUGAACGUGAAGGAAUUCUGCGUGCUCAGCGCUGGGCAGCUAAUGCAGACUUGGCACUCAUAGUAGUGGAGGCACGAGAAAUGCUCCGAUCCAAUCUCACAGCAGAUUUUGUUGACAAUCACCUGAAGGAACUAGGAAUAGAGUCAUGUGCUCAACACCGCCUCAUCAUCUUCAACAAGCUGGAUCUUUUGUCCAAGGAUGAGAAGACCAUUGUUGAGGAGCGUGCAAGGUGCAUGCGCAUCGACAGUUGCUUCACCUCGUGCACCGAAGAGCAAGGCAUCAGUGACCUGGUGAAGAUCCUUGGCGCACAUCUUGAAGACCUAUGUGGUAGGCCAGCAGACUCGAGCCCUGUUCUGACUCAGGAAAGGCACAGAAGACAUCUGGAACAGUGCCUGAAACACCUGAAGCUCUUCAGCACUGACGUGCAGCACGAUUCUGUCAUAGGCGCUGAGCACUUGAGGAUUGCGCUUACUCACCUGGGCAAAAUAACGGGCCGCGUCUUCACGGAGGAAAUACUUGAUGUUAUAUUCAGAGAUUUCUGCAUAGGAAAGUAAGUUUCUGCGACAGUGUGUGCCUUUGCUGUGGUGAACAGGAGCAUAUUAAAUGGAAUAUUUGUGAUGGCAGCAUACUCUAUA